AUGCUGAUCAAGGAGUACCGGAUCCCAAUGCCAAUGAGCGUGGACGAGUACCGCAUCGCCCAGCUCUACAUGAUCCAGAAAAAGAGUCGGGAUGAGACCUGUGGCGAGGGCAGCGGAGUGGAGAUCUUGGAGAACAAGCCGUAUGAGAACGGCCCAGGGGGAAUCGGACAGUACACCCACAAGGUUUACCAUAUCGGCAUGCACAUCCCCAGCUGGUUCUGCUCCAUCCUGCCCAAGGCAGCGCUCCGGGUGGAGGAGGAGUCCUGGAACGCCUACCCCUAUACCCGCACAAGGUAUACAUGUCCCUUUGUUGAGAAGUUCUCCAUUGACAUUGAGACGUACUACAAGCCAGACACAGGAAACCAGCCAGACGUCUUCAACAUGUCCCCAGCCGAGAAGAGGCUAAGGACUCUGGACCCCAUCGACAUUGUCAAAGAUCCCAUCACUCCACAUGAGUACUUACAAGAGGAGGACCCUCGAAUCUACAGGUCAGACAAGACCAAGAGAGGGCCUCUGCAGGAGGACUGGAUCGAGGAGUACAACAACAACCCGGGGAAGACGCCCAUCAUGUGUGCUUACAAACUGUGCAAGGUGGAGUUCCGCUACUGGGGCAUGCAGUCCAAGAUUGAGCGCUUCAUCCAUGAUGUAGGGCUGAGGAAGGUGAUGGUGCGGGCCCACCGGCAGGCCUGGUGCUGGCAGGACGAGUGGUACGGCCUGACCAUCGAGGACAUCAGGCAGCUGGAGCUGGAGACCCAGUUGGCCCUGGCCCAGAAGAUGGCCCAUUUCAGCCAGGCAGAGGAGGCCACCGAGGCCAAUGGAGCUGUUUCAUCCCCAGACAAGAAUCAGGAGGUCAAAGAUACCAUCAACUCUUUAGAAGCUGAGGAGGUGGUCAGUGCAGGGGGCGGGGGAGACACUCUCCAAACAAAACGAGCAGGGCUCACCAAGCAGUGGUCCACCUCCUCGCGAUCCUCCCGCUCAUCAAAGAGAGGAGCGAGCCCGUCACGCCACAGCCUCUCUGAAUGGAGGAUGCAGAGCAUUGCACGAGACUCCGAGGACAGCUCAGAGGAGGAGUUCUUUGAUGCUCAUGAGGACUUGUCAGGUGAUGAAGAGGUCUUUCCCAAGGAGAUUGCCAAGAGGAACUCUAACGACCUCAUGGACAAGAUUGAGUCGGCUGAUGCAGAAGACACCACUGAUCUCUCUAAUGCCCCUCAUCCUGCCUUUCCUCUUUACCUCUCAUUCACCCCAUCAAUUCCCUCUCCUUUCCUCUCCCCAUAAUAGGACCUCUCCUCUCAGCAGUGUCUGCAGCCUUCUAAGAUCCACGUGCUGAUCCUGGUGCUACAUGGAGGCAACAUCCUGGACACAGGAGGAGGGGACCAGACCAGUAAGCAGGGCGAUGUCAACACCAUCAGCACUGCCUUUGACACAGUGAUGCGCGUGCACUAUCCCACCGCGCUGGGACAAAUCGCCAUCCGCCUGGUGCCCUGCCCUGCCAUCUGUGCUGAGGCCUUCUCCCUGGUGUCCAAUCUGAGCCCGUACAGCUAUGAUGAGAGCUGUCUGUCAAGCAGUCAGGACCACAUCCCCCUGGCUGCCCUGCCUCUCCUGGCCACCUCCGCCCCCCAGUACCAGGAGGCUGUGGCCACCGUCAUCAUGAGAGCCAACCAGGUGUACAACGACUUCAUCAGGUCCCUGGAUGGGACAACCUUCUCUGGCCAGGUGUGCUUGAUUGGGGACUGCGUGGGAGGGAUCUUGGGGUUUGACGCCUUGUGUAUCAGCAACCAGACUAUUGGUGAGAGCCAGAACAGCAGCCGCAGGGGUAGUGUAAUCAGCGUACAGGACCAGGACCUCCUCUCUCCAGGGAUCAUCAUCAACAGUGGUUAUGGCUCUGCCUCUCCCACCCUGGAGAGCAGCCGCCACCUGAGCCGCAGCAACAUCGACAUCCCCCGCUCAGGAGGACCAGAUGACCCCAAGAGACAGCUGCCCCGCAAGACGAGCGACUCCUCCACAUAUGAGUUGGACACCAUCAAACACCACCAGGCCUUCCUGACUAGCCUCCACUCCAGUGUUCUGCGGACCGACCCCUGCUCGCGCAGGUCCAGCAGCAGCACCUUUCAGGAUGCAGGCUCUCUGGGGAAGUUUGAAUUUGAGGUGGCAGACUUCUUCCUCUUCGGCUCUCCUCUGGGCCUUGUCCUUGCCCUGAGGAAGACUGUCAUUCCUGUGCUGGAUGUGGCCCAGCUGCGCCCUGCCUGCCAGCAGGUCUACAACCUGUUCCACCCAGCCGACCCCUCGGCCUCGCGCCUGGAGCCCCUCCUGGAGAAGAAGUUCCACCUCCUGCCCCCUUUCAAUGUUCCCCGCUACACACGCUUCCCCCUGGGGGACGGCAACUCCGCUCUACUGGUGGAGACAGUCCAGAGCAACCCUCAGCUCCUGCUCGAUACUGGGCCCCCCCUCUCUUUCCGCUGUCAGGAGCCCAUCAGCGAGACCUGCAUCCCUGUGCCGGUGCUAAACUGGCAGGAGGGCUCCCUCAAGGCCACACCUGCUGUUCUGGAGUCGGAUUUUGUUCAGUCUCAUGGUGGUGUCUUCAUGGACAGUUCGUACCCCUCCUCCCCCGUUACGGGCCCCCACUGCCGGGGCCUGCGGAGGGCCAGUGAGGUCAGCAUUGCCAGCCAGGUCUCAGGAAUGGCAGACAGUUACACUGCCACCAACAUAGCCAACAUCGCAGCCCGUUGGUGGGGCACCAAGCGUGUGGACUUUGCCUUGUACUGCCCUGAUGCCCUGACAGCCUUCCCCACAGUGGCACUACCGCACCUCUUUCAUGCAUCCUACUGGGAGUCCACUGAUGUAGUGUCCUUCCUGCUGCGACAGGUUAUGAGACAUGAAAACUCCAGCAUACUGGAGCUGGAUGGUAAGGAGGUGUCAGAGUUCACUCCAUCUAAACCCCGGGAGAAGUGGCUCAGGAAGAGAACCCACGUCAAGAUCAGGAAUGUGACAGCCAAUCAUCGUGUAAAUGAUGCAGUGCUCACAGAAGGUGGGCUGCAGAUCGUGACUGGCCGCUUCAUGUACGGACCUCUGGACAUGGUCACACUGACUGGGGAGAAGGUGGACAUCCACAUCAUGACCCAGCCCCCAUCUGGAGACUGGGUGUACUUUGACACGGAGCUGACCAACAGCAGUGGUCGUGUGUCCUUCAUCAUCCCAGAGAGCAAACGGCUGGGGGUUGGCGUCUAUCCGGUCAAACUGGUGGUCAGGGGGGAUCACACAUUUGCAGACAGCUACCUGACAGUGCUUCCCCAUGGGACAGAGUUUGUUGUGUUCAGUAUAGAUGGCUCAUUCGCUGCCAGCGUGUCCAUCAUGGGGAGCGAUCCCAAAGUUCGAGCCGGAGCAGUCGAUGUGGUCAGGCACUGGCAGGACCUGGGCUAUCUGAUCGUCUAUGUGACGGGGCGUCCAGACAUGCAGAAGCAGAGAGUGGUGGCCUGGCUGUCUCAGCAUAACUUCCCCCAUGGCAUCGUCUCCUUCUGUGAUGGCCUGGUCCACGACCCACUCAGACACAAAGCCAACUUCCUCAAGUCACUCAUGGAGGCUCACAUGAAGAUCUUUGCUUGUUAUGGUUCUACCAAAGACAUCGCGGUCUACACCUCCAUCGGCCUCUCUCCCUCCCAGAUCUACAUCAUUGGCCGAUCCUCCAAGAAGAUGCAAGCUCAGUGCCAGUUCAUUACAGAGGGCUAUGCGACCCACCUCUCUCAGCUGGAGUACAACCAGCGCUCCCGGCCAGCAAAGACAAGCAGUGCCCGCAUGGUCCUACGGAAAGGCAGCUUUGGUCUGGGUGCAAACAGCGACUUCCUACGGAAGCGGAACCACCUGCUGCGCACCAUCUCCGCCCAGCCGGCCUCCAGCUUGCCCAGCGGCAGCGGCCACAGUAGACCAGAGCGCACACAGAGCCAGUCAGACAGCCACAGCCAGCAUGGCCCUGGACCAGCCCAGCGCAGCAUGAGCAUUACAGCAGGCUGCUGGGGCCGCAGUGGCAGCACCAAGCUGGAGCCUGGGGUGUUUCAGCCUGGGGUGAAAUUGAGCAAGGACAAAGGUGAUGAGGAAAGGGAAAAACUGCAGAAAGAGAAAUUCAAGAAAUGA